CUCGAUGCUGCCCUAUCGAUCGGUUGAUCAGUGUCGCGCGUGUCGCCGAGAGGUCGGUUGCUUCGUCAGUGGUGGUGCUUCCGCGCGGCAGACCGCGCGCAUUGCGAGAGUUCAGUCGAUAGUCGCGCGAAGUCGUACGUGGAUAUUGUUGGUACGCGGGGAGCGCGAGAGAGAAAGAGAGAGAGCGAGUGAGAGUGAGAGAGCGAGAAGGAGAAAGAGCGAGCACAGUUCGAGUUCCCGACGAAGCGCGGAGGAGUGCCUCGACUCGCACGAGACGUGCGCGAUAUCACUCGCGAAAACGAGUGUUCUCGUGUCGUGAGUUCUUGGAGCCGUUUCCGUUCGGCACACGUCUGCACCGUUCUCGUCAACACGCUGCUAUGUAGCGCCGGUUUGUAAAUGAAGCAGCGGCGGCAUAUACCGCGCUCGCGUGUCGAGGGGAGGAGAAGAGCGCCGUCCGCUGUAACCGCGGCGGCGGCAGCGGCGGUGGUAGCGGCGGCCGCGGGGGCGAUGGGAAUGGCGCGCAAAUGCUGCGUGCGUAGCUGCGAAGCGGACGUGCGGGAGGCGCGCGCCAAAGGAUUGCCGCUUCACAAGUUCCCCAAGGACGCCGCGCUGAGGGACAGGUGGUUGGCCAGCGGUGGAUUCGGAGCGGGUUUCAAGCCGACGCCGGGCCAGGUAGUCUGCCAUCGACAUUUCAAACGCGCCGACUACGAAGCCGUGGCGCGGGGCCACAAGUUCCUGCUGAAACGGGGCAGCGUUCCCUCGGUCUUCGCCGACUAUGACAAUCAUCCAGAUCCUGUGAUUAUGUCGGUAAAAUCCUCGACAUCGUAUGCACAAGAAGAUCUAGAUCUAAUCAAUUCAGAGAUAUUGAAUCUGGAGCAUUCUAUCUCACCGUCAUUGUCUGAGGCAAGAACACCCAAAUCUGACAGUUGCGGUGAGCCAUGUUACUCCAGGCCUGAAUCUUCCACCGACUUCUUAAAUCCUCCAGACAGUUCGGAAUCAGCAGACAUUGCAUGCAAAAUGACGACUCUGAAAGAGGAAACUAUGACAACAGUAAAAGACAGAUUGAUGGAAAAUUCAGAUAGCAAAGUGAACACAGUAGCAGUGCAGCUUGGCAUUGUUGAGCCAGGAACAAUAAAGACUGUUGCCAAAGAUUUAAUGUUAAAGGAAGAAUUGAAGGAUAUUAAGUUAUGUGAUGAUAAAGAGUUUGAUAAAGAGGAAGAGAUAAAACCAAAAGUUUUCAGUAGAGAUGGACUGAAGUUUUAUCCUGGUGCCAAAUUGGAAGCUAAAGACUUUAGUGAAAAAUGGUAUUCCGCAAAAGUGGUAGAAACAGACUGGGAUGAAAGAGAAGUUCUAAUACACUUUGACAAAUGGAAUUCAAGGUUCGACGAAUGGAUACCGAUGGAUAGUUCCAGGUUACGUGUAUUACAAACCCCGCCAAAUGAACAAGCUUGGAUCCCGCCAUCACCGGAAACAAAAGUGAGGGAGUUUUCAGUGGGAGAAAGGAUACUCGCUACGUGGGCGGAUGGUAAAAAAUAUCCAGCCAAAGUGAAUGCGGUCUUGAAUAAUGAUAAAUACGAUAUAUUGUUCGAUGAUGGAUACGGGAAAAUCAUUAAAUCGUCAAAAAUGACCAAGAUCGCCGAAACCCCAACUAAGCAAUCGUGUGAAUCAGACGGAUAUAUCGGUAGCAAACAAGAAAGAAGGGACAAGAAACGGAAACACACAAUUAUGGAGUUGUUUCACACUAACUCUAGAAAACGCAUAAAAACUGACACUGACAAAACACCAAAGAAAAUGGAAACUGUUGUUAAGGAAAGCACAGAAAGCAGUAUAGAGCCCAAGAUUGAGCUGGACGGCACAAUGUAUGGUCCUUGCUUCGAGCCUGACACAAAUUUGUUAAAGGGGUUUGAUACCAACAUCUCAAGGAUCAAGUCAUACUCAAAGAAGAGUAAGAAGGAAUUGCCCAAAAUCGAUACAGAUCACGAAGAAGAUGUUGGUCCUGAAUGGAUUAAUGGAGAACCACAAGGGACAGAAUCCUACAUUGUAGAUGGCAAUGAUGGACCACGUCGGUCUAUAAUAAUAUCAGAUAGGAGAUUGCCACCUGGUUGGGAAAAACAUUUUACGCAAAGGAAAGCUGGCACAUCAGCAGGAAAAUGGGACGUGCUGUUUAUACACAAGCAGACUGGGAAGAAAUUCAGAUCCAGAAAUGAUAUCAGAGUAUUCAUGGAACACCAAGGACAGUUAGAUUUCGAUCCCGAAAAAUUUGAUUUCUGCAUACAUCGUAAGAAACGGAAUAACGCGCAUCGUGUUAAGCAGGAAGUUACACCAGAAGCACCGAAGAAGAUCAAAACCUUAUUGCCCAAAACAAAAGCAUUAUCCACACCUGAGAAUACAUUACUCACUGCGAGCACUCUUGAUACUCCGCCUGCUGUUUCGACACCUACUACAUCUGCUGCAGAUGGUGAGAUGAACUAUUCCGUUUUCAUUGGUGGACUUCGUGUGGAAAUGGAAGAUAGUGCUUAUAAGUGUCCUAAGGAAGGAUGCAAUAAGAAUUUUCGAAAGGAAAAUUUAUUGCAAAUGCAUAUUAAGCAUUAUCAUCCAGAAUAUUCCAAAUUUUUGGGAUCUACUCCAAAAGUCGAAGAUCUGGCUUAUGCAAGAACGAUUGGAGAAUCUAUAGAAGACAUUAUCCCAAAGAAGUCAACGCCAUUUUUAGAGAAGAUCAAUAAACUUGGAAAGAAGAGAUCUCUUUCGGAUAAGUCAUCGCCUAAUUUAUUACAACCAGUUUUGAACACCGUCCAACCCGCAUCUCCUUCAAUAUCAGUUCCAUUAGUACCGGAAUUAGAAGAGGAAGUAAAUCAAUCGGAAAAAUGCAUUGACUUGCAGAAGGACGACGUAAAGAUUGAAACAAUGUCUCCUAUAUCCUGUCACAGCAUGGAAGUAGACGACGAUAUUGAGAAGAAAAGAGAAAAUGCUGGCGCCAUGUCUCCUACUACAUUAUUUGAUAUGAAAGUUAAAGAAGAGAAAAUGCAAGUUGGAAUUAAAACGUUAUUACCUGUAAGACCACCCACAACAUUGGAGUCGCAGAAAAUAGACCGAACGAAACCUGUGGACGAGAUAAUGCACGCUGAACGUACAAAAGGUUCGAAGAAGAAGCAAUCCGAAUAUAGCAUGCACUUAUCGGCUAAAGGAAAGAAACGACAUGGCAUGUCAGAUGUCAUAGACAGCUUCGGCGACUUAGAUGAUAGCGCUAUGGAUAUUGAGGGACCGACAGCACUCAUGUACAGAUUUAGUCGUAGAAAAUCUGACUCUAAAAGCGAUGAGAAUAGUCAAAAUAAGAGCGAAGGAGUGAUGAUGAUGAUCAAUGGUGAAAUGGUAAAAGUGGAACAACUUCGAAGAGAAGAAAUAAUAAAUUGCACUUGUGGUUUUAUGGAGGAGGACGGUCUGAUGAUACAGUGCGAUCUUUGUCUUUGCUGGCAACACGGUCAUUGUAAUGCAAUUGAAAAAGAGAAAGAUGUUCCUGAAAAAUAUAUUUGUUAUAUAUGUCAACAUCCAUAUCGGCAGAGGCCAUCUAAAAAGUACUUUCACGAUCAGGACUGGAUCAAGGAAGGGAAAUUGCCAAUCUUACCUAAUCGCACUCGAGAUCAGUAUAUGAUAAACCAAAGGACUGCGAUGUUGAAACGAUCUUAUGACUUGGUCAGUGCACUUUUGCAAAUUCAACAAAUUCUUCAUAGUCUACGUGUGAAGAUCAAUGUAGCUCAGCAGAAAGAUCAUCCCAAACUGUAUCUUUGGGCUAAAAAUUGGGACAAAACCAAUGUACCAAAAGUAGACAUUGAACCAAUACCAAUAAUGGAAAUAACAAAAUCAGGUGCGGAUUCUGUCGACAUGGGUUCUGAAAGUUUGCGACGUAUUGAGCCAAAGAUAGAAAAUAAAUUGUCUUUGAAAGACGAUCAAGAUGAAAAAUCGAUCGCCUCGGAUUCGGAAUUGAUGAAAAUACUGGAAGAAGACAGCACGCAUUCCGACGAGCCCAGAGUUACUGGUAAGAGAGAAGGUUUAGUCAAUUCAAAAGAUAGUCAUAUACUUUUGGAUGCGUUGACAAAUAGCAAUUCCGACGUGAAACAAAGAACUGAUCCAGAUAUUAAAACGGAGAAUAUAGGUUUGCUAACUGAGAAAAGCAUGAUCGACAACUCUAUAUCCGAAAAUCUGAGUUCAAGCUCGUUCAUCAAUAAUGAUCCACGACAAGUUAAUAUGGUUAAUAUCGAGAACGAAGUUGCCGCACCUUUACAACCUUUCAUACCGGAACCCGAAGCGCCAAUCGAUCCAGCCGAGUGUCGAAUGAGAUUACUGGAACAUAUUGAGCAUUUUGAGAAUCACAUCGAAUCAAGAUUGUCGUCUAUAGACGCGCAAGUUUGCGCUCUGGAGGCUAUGGAUGUGGAAGAACUUGUUCCGAGUCUACAUGAUCAGUCGCGUCUGAAGCAAACUGUGCAAAUGCUGUUGCGUGACUUAAAUACAGUUCGGAAGUUGGCUGCGUUAUGUUGAAUAAAUCAUUAAACGUGAUACACCCGACAUGUAUAUAAAAAGAUAUAAGUAUAUUUAUAUAAUUAAUAUAAUAUAUAUUAUGUAAUAUACAUAUAAAAAAGUAAAAAGUAAAUUGGCUCUCCACUUGGACGAUGGUUAUUAAUGAGCCUGGUGCAAUCAGCGAUCGCUUAUAGGCGUUUCGAUUGUAAUUUCUAAUAGUUUAUAAUGUUAUUGUCAAAGCGUUUAAUUUAAUUUUAAUUAGUCUCAAAAUUAUAUUCUAGUGACCAAAUCUUGAUCACUGUCGAGAUUUCAUGACAUAAAACUAGUUUUAUAAUCUUUCUUUUAUUGAAUUGUAUUACUGUACAUGUACAAAUUUACACGAAAUUAUUUUAAUUCAUUUUUUUUUUUAAUUAAUGUUUGUAAUUCGCACGAAUAUGUUAUUAAAUAAAGCGAUCUAUAGAGAACGA